CCAUGAUGGCACCGGUAAAGCCCAAGGCCUCCCAGUCUAUGAAAGACACGAAGGUGGCAGCCCCCAUGCCCAAGGUGGCUGAAUGGCGCCAUGGACCUGCCAAGCUCUGGUAUGACAUGUUGGGCGUCCCCGAAGACGGCAGCGGCUUUGACUAUGGUUUCAAGAUGAAGGAGCACAAAGAGGAGGAGACCCCUAAGGCUGAGAAGGACAAGCUGCUGGCAGAUGAGAACUUCCUCAUGGUGACCCAGAAGCAGUGGGAGGAUGAUGUGAUCUGGAAUGUGGAUGACAUCAAGGAGGAUCCCAAGGCAGAGCAAGCAAGGCAGGAGAGCUGGUUGCCGUCCAGGAUGACCACAGGUGCUGCUACCACCAGCACCCAGCAGGCAUAUCAGAACGAAGGCAAGCCAUGGUACUCUAUUUUCCCCAUUGAGAAUGAAGAGCUCAUUCAUGGCCAUUGGGAGGACAACAUCAUCUGGGACCAUGAGGCAAUGGAGACUGUCUUGACUCCACCGGUUCUGACACUUGACCCAGACGAUGAAAAUAUAGUCCUGGAAAUUCCUGAGCAGGAGGAAGAGGGGAUGUUGAACACCCCUUCCGAAAAUAACAAAAAUCCUUCUCGAAGGAAUAGCCAGAUUCUCCUGAGCAAGACAGGAGUUAUUAAGGAGGAGCCUCAACAGAAUAUGUCUGAGCCAGAGGUGAAGGACCCCUGGAACCUCUCGAAUGAUGAAUUUUACUAUCCAAACAAGCAUAGGCUUCAUGGAACCUUUGGAGGCAACAUCAUCCAGCACUCGAUUCCUGUGCUGCAGCUUCAACAGCCCUUCUUCCCCACCCACCUGGACCCCACAGAGCUUCGCCAGAUGCAUCGGCCUCCCUUGAAGAAAUACACUGUUGGGGCCUUGUCCCAGCCUGGUCCCCAUCCAGUGCAGCCACUAUUAAACCACAUCAAGAAGAAAGCCAAGAUGAGAGGGGAUGCACUGCAAGCCUCCGGUGGUGGGGAGAUGUUCUUCAUGCGCACUCCACAAGACCUCUCAGGCAAGGAUGGAGACAUUAUCCUAGCGGAGUACAGUGAGGAGAACCCCCCCUUAAUGAUGCAGGUUGGCAUGGCAACCAAGAUCAAGAACUACUACAAGCGGAAGCUGGGUAAAGAUCCAGGUCCCCUUAAGCAGCCAUAUGGGGAGACCACCUACUGCCAUACCUCCCCGUUCUUGGGUUCUCUUUACCCAGGUCAGCAACUCCAGGCAUUUGAAAACAAUCUCUUCCGGGCUCCGAUUUAUCUUCACAAGAUGCCAGAAACAGACUUCUUAAUUAUCCGGGAUCAGCAAGGUUAUUACAUCCGGGAGUUGCGGGAUAUCUUUGUGGUUGGACAGGAAUGUCCUCUCUUUGAAGUUCCUCAACCCAACUCCAGGCGUGCCAAGACUCACAUCCGAGACUUUCUCCAGGUCUUCAUAUAUCGCCUGUUCAGUAAGAGAGACCAACCCCAGAGGAUCCGCAUGGAGGAUAUCAGGAACGCAUUUCCUUUGGUCUCGGAGACCAGGGUCCGGAAGCGGCUGAAGUCCUGUGCAGUCUUUGAGCGCACACAGAUGUACUCAAACUCGUGGGUUCUAAAGCCAGAUUUCAGACUGCCCACCGAAGAGGAGAUAAGGGCAAUGGUGUCUCCAGAGCAGUGCUGUGCCUAUUACAGCAUGAUCUCUGCCGAACAGCACUUGAAGGAUGCAGGCUAUGGGACGAAAUCCUUCAUUGCCCAAGAAGAAGAAGAAGAGGAGGAGGAAGAAAUGAAGAUAGAUGAUGAGGUACGCUGUGCCCCUUGGAACACUACGCGGGCCUUUAUUGCAGCAAUGAAUGGGAAAUGUCUCUUGGACUUGACUGGAGUGGCAGAUCCUACAGGUUGUGGAGAAGGAUUCUCCUAUGUGAAGGUCCCACACAAGCCAGCUCUGCAGAAAGUAAGUGAAAUGGCCCAGCAGGAUGGCAAGCCGCUCCAGAUGGAGAAGAAGACUGGGUCGGAUGCAGAUCUCCGGCGCCUGUCUGUCAGAAGUGGCAAGCAGAUACUGCAGCAGUUUGGAAUUCCUGAAGAGGAGAUCAACAAGCUUUCCCGCUGGGAGAUUGUUGACGUCGUGCGUGCGAUAUCCACAAAGCAAGCUCGCCUUGACAAAGAAUCGAGAAACAAAUUUGCCCGUGGUUCUCGCUUCUCUGUAGCAGAGCAGCAGAAGAGGUACAAGGAGAACUGCCAACGCAUCUUUGACUUGCAGAACAAAGUUCUGGAGUCCACUGACGUCUUAUCUACAGACACUGACAGUAGCUCUGCUGAGGACAGUGAUGUUAAGGAGAUGGGGAAGGACAUUGAGAGCAUGGUACAGGACAACAAGACCCGCCGUCAGCUGUUGUGGGAAAAGGAGGAGGAGGAACGGAAGGAGCUACAGAGGAUGCUGAUGGAGAAGAAAAGCAUCAACUACAAGGAAAGGAGUGUGAAGAACCAGAGGGACAAAAAAGAGCUGUCCUCCACCCCUGCCAACCCAGGAGAGCCGAGCAAUAGCAGUGGCAUGGCUUCUGCGACCAGCCUUGAUCCUGCCACCACCACCACCACCCGCUGCUUGAAAAUCUACCGCACUUUCCGUGAUGAGGACGGGAAGGAGUACGAGAGAUGCGAGACAGUUCGCAAUCCGUUGGUCAUUGAUGCCUACACCAGGAUAAAGGAAACCAAGGAUGAAGAGUUCAUCUGGAACUUUGCCAUCUCAGAAAAGCAGCGUCAGAAAAUGCGGUACGAAAAGCACCGGAUCCGGAUGCAGUUGUUGCGGCUUAAACGAAAGACAGAGAAGGAGCAGCUGAAGGCUCCUCCGAAGAAGAAGCUCAGGUUGGAGCAGUUUAAGUGUAGUGCUUGCGGUGCCAGUGGGCACAUGAAGAGCAACAAAAUCUGCCCCCUCCGCCGCCCAGCCAAACUGCCCUCCAAGCCUGUCGCCAUGACGGUGGAGCAGCAGGAGGAGCUGGAGAAGACCACCAUUCCCACCAAUGACAGAGAGCUGAUCAAAGUGGAGGGAACCAAGAUUGUCUUAGGGAAGCAGCUCGUUGAGAGCGUGAAUGAAGUUCGCAAGAAGUCUUUAGUCCUGAAGUUCACAAAAGGGCAGCUUCUGCAAAAGAAGGAACAGGGCUUUGGAGCCACGGCUACUUGUAGCUCCUUAAACCAGCCUCAGAAGUCCAGCCACCAGGGGAACACAGGCCCCAUGGCGACACUGUCCUAUAUCCUGGAAGGCGUUAUCAAUGAAAUGCAAGAACUUCCAAAUACAUGUUACUUCCACAAGCCUGUUAACAGGAGGCGUUUCAAAAAUUAUCACAAGAUCAUCAGCCAACCAAUGGACCUGCACACCCUGCGCCAGAAUGUCCGUAAGCUCUCUUACAAAUCAAGUAAAGAAUUCCGAGAGCACCUGGAGCUGAUUGUGAGGAACAGUGCCACGUUCAAUGGGCCAGAACACAACUUGACUCAGACUGCUCAGUCAAUGCUGGACUUCUGUGAUCAAAAAUUUAAAGAGAAGGAAGAUAAACUGGCUCGUUUGGAAAAGACAAUUAAUUGCCUACUGGAUGAUGAUCAUCAAGUGGCCUUCUCCAAUAUUCUGGAAAGGAUUGUCACCCAGAAGAUGCAGGCUGUUCCUCAUGCCAGGCUCUUUUACCGUCCCGUCAACAAGAGACAUGUGCCAAAUUAUUACAAAGUCAUUGUCAGCCCGAUGGACCUGAGGACUAUCCGCAAGAAUAUCUCCAAACAUAAAUACCAGAACCGAGAAGUCUUUAUGGAUGACGUGAACCUGAUCCUUGCCAACAGCAUUAAAUUCAAUGGUCCUGACAGCCAGAACACAAAAACAGCUCAAGAGAUGGUGAACAUCUGUUACAAGACACUAGCAGAGUAUGAUGAGCACUUGACCCAGCUUGAGAGGGAUAUCUCUGCUGUUAAGGAAGCAGCCUUAGAGGAGGCAGACCUGGAGAGCUUUGGCCCAACCAUCUCUCAGCCCUACAUGCCCCAGGAAGCGGAAGAUGAAAACAGAGACCUGGGUGAAAAGGAAGAAGGUUCAGUGCAGCAGCCUCAGGCCAGCGUGCUUUAUGAAGACUUGAUGCUGUCAGAUAACGAGGAGAGUGACAGCAGCGGCAAGGAAGGCGAUGACACUUUCACAUCAAUCCAGCGAAGUGAAAGUAGCAGAGAUUCAGGUGCGGGAUCCUGUGCAGUGAGACCCAGACAGCCUCACGUUCUUCAAGAGAAUAUGCAAAUAGACACAGACAACAAAGACAGCACGAUGUCAUAUGAGGCAGCAGGGGAGAUUUCACAUGCCAUGGAGUAUAGCAGUGCCAGUAGCCACGAGGACUAGGAAGAAAGAGACAACCUCCCUUCUGUUGCAGGAGACAGUGAUCUGGAUUCAGAUGAAUAAAACACUUUACUGGGGAUCAUGUUAAGAUUGCAUCCUGGUCUCAGUGUAUAGAUUUUUCAUUGUUAUCCAAUGAAAUGCUGCUGCUAAACUGAGACACCCGUUGUUGAUUCAUUCUUUUAUGAAUCAAUAUUGUGUUUAGGAUGUAUAUAAAGGUAUAUUAAAAAUUACCCUUAACUGAA